UCUGGGUUUGGCAGUGAAUGGGGGAAGUAAGUACGGGUGAUGCAGAAUUUGUGGGCUGUCAAUUGGGAUUUGCAAGCACAUCCGGAAGGAUACUAGAAGCUCUAUGGGCCUGUUUGUGAAUUCUUGGUGGCUGUGGGAAAAUACUUGUGACCACCACCGCACCUGCUUGUACUGGACUUAUGGGACUCACCACAUCACCAAGUCAUACUGCAGUGCUGAUAUGUGAAAGACCAAGAUGUACUAGACCACUGGAACUCAGCAGUUCACCAAAAGGUAGCGCGGCACUAGUACUGGCACUCUGCUGCAUAUGAGAGUAAUCA